GAGGAAACCUUGUGGAUGAAAAUUUUGCACGGUAGGCUCACCGGCAGCUGAGGGGCUUAGAGGGAGCGGGGUGGAAGGCUUGUAAGGUGUGAGCACUCGUGCUUGUACGAGUGCUGGUACCGGUACAGCUGUCGGUAUUUGUUUUGCGGGAUAUGAAUCAUGAUCUGUGGAGAGGUCGCCACCGAAAGGAGGGAAAGGCUGCGGUACAGUACUUUACAUUUAGCUCAGGUUACGACUAUUUUACUCCCACUAUUCCCUGCGUUCUGGGAAACCCGGCACACGACCACAAUUCUCCGUUAUUCUGCCGCACAGCACUCGUGCAGCACUGCGCAUGACCAGCUCUGCGUACCCAUAAAUCAGAACAGGGCUCAUCACAGCUACCAACUGGACAAUCCUCCUACCCACCAACUCCGCAUCAAGGACAACCGCUAUCACAAUAAUACUCCCGACUGCUUCUGGUGGAGACCUGGUCUACCUCGCAAUCACAAUAUGGGGAAACCAAGAGUGAGCUUCCUCCCUACACUACGGGGCGAUAAGAGGCUGAUAGAGGGGGAAAUAACAAAAAGCUGAUCGUCCUUAUUCGACAUGCUCAAAGUGAAGGGAAUAGUGAGUUCCCCCUGGGUGCCCCAGAAUUCAAUUUCUAACCCCUUUUCUACAAGAAAACAAAGCAAUCCACCAAACCGUACCGGAUCACCGCGUGAAAUUAACAAGCGAAGGAACUCGCCAAGUUAGCUCCUCACCCUACCCCACUCACCAGACCAUCCAAGCUAAUUCCCCCAGGCAAUCGAAGCCGGGGAACGACUUCUGAAGCUCCUCCGCCCCGAAGACACCCUGCGAGUAAUCACUUCCCCGUACCUACGCACCCGUGAGACCACCAAUGGGAUACUCUCCCAGCUAUCCGGACAUCCUAAUGCAGCCAAGAUUAAGGUGCACGAGGAGCCGCGAAUCCGUGAACAGGAUUUUGGCAAUUUCCAACCGUGCACGGCCGAGAUGGAGAGGAUGUGGCACGAACGGGCGGCGUACGGGCACUUCUUUUAUCGGAUUCCGAAUGGAGAGUCGGCAGCAGAUGCGUAUGAUCGUGUGAGUGGGUUUAACGAGAGCCUUUGGAGGCAGUUUGCCGACGAGGACUUUCCCAGCGUUUUAGUACUCGUUACCCACGGGCUAAUGACGAGGAUAUUUUUGAUGAAGUGGUAAGCGAAUGGACCCAUUAUCCGCGGGGGAGGAACCACUGACUGGAUUUUGGCAGGUACCAUUACUCGGUGGAAUACUUCGAAGAUCUAAAGAACAUCGAUCAUUGUCAAUUCGUUCUGAUGGAGAAGAACCUUAUCACUGACAAAUACGAACUCAAGACAAAAUUACGAACGUGGUCCGCAGAUCGUAAGAAGGAGGAAGAUAGACAGCAGCGAGAGGGUGGCCCUUCUGAAAAAGACCUGAAAAAGCUGGAAGCAGCCGCGGCCUCAUUGGAAGUAAUCUAUGGCGGCUGCGUGAACGGCUGCAACCACAGUGGGACCGGGAAGCUAAGGACCAACGCCCCGAACGGCCUGACCGGGUCCUCACUCAGAGAAACCGGGAGUGAGGUAGCCCACGACCUCCGCAAUAAACUUGCGGUGCUGCAAGCUGGUCGUGAUUUCGGCGGAAGUCGCAGUGGGGCAGGAAGUAGAGCCUGUAGCGACGACGACGACGAAUCUGGUAGUGCCGAUGAGGAAAUGUCGAAGCCACCGGAAGUCCUUGCCCGCUCUCAUAGCGUGAAGAAUCGUGUACCACUAGAGGUGCUCGAAAAACCAAUAUGAAGGGAUUCACAAGACAAUACGCAGGCGGAGUUACCAGGCAAUGUUGCACAGGAGGAUGGUGGUGCGAGGCUUUGAAGGGAAAAGUGAUAUGGAUAUGGAUAUAUAUUGUCAUGUUUUGGCGUUUGCUGGUUGACUUAUUGAUAUAUGGCGGACGACUUAUGAUCAUGAGCGUGGUGGAAGUUUGCUCCCCUUUUCCCUUUGUUUAUUUCUUGUUCAAGCGGAGUGUGGGUUAUCACUGUGUGGCCGGUACCGCGAUGGGGCUGGGCCCGAUUCACUGCCUGUAUUCUAUCUUUUGGUGUUAUUUCUUUUAAUCCUGCCGGUGAUGUCGAAUAAGUGAAGUGGUUAUGGACAUACGCAGCACAGCACUGAAAGU